UUCCUCUUCCCUGAAUCAACCACGACUUCAAGCCAUAUUCUUACCCCUCAUAUAGACCACGAGUCAAGAAGAAGUGAAGGCAUCUCGGCAUCCCUGAUCACAGCCAACAAAGUCACACAGGCGCAUCGCGCAUCACCCACCGUCAACGACCUCCGUGCCAUCUCACGAGAGUCGACAGAUCGCAGAAUCGCAAAACGCCUCCUUGGGCGCAAACUGCAUAACAUCUUAAUUACCGGCUAGCUUCUCACGUCGUUUGCGACGGGGGAUUGGUCAGGUCUCAUCACCCACUCUUCAACCUCAACUUUUGUUCUCCCUAACCACAGCCCUCAUCAUCAUAAUGGACUCCGUACCAGCUCAAGCCCACCAGGGCUUGAAGGAAGCGGGUGCUGCUUCUGCUUCUCACCUCACAUCUACCACAUCUCUACCGACCAAGGUUGAGUCACGAACAGCAGUGAUGGAGGCUCUCGAGGAUAUCGUCUAUGGUUCAGCCGCCGGCAUCGUAGGCAAAUACAUCGAAUACCCCUUCGACACCGUCAAAGUCCGUCUGCAAUCCCAGCCCGACCACCUCCCACUCCGGUACACCGGUCCCCUCGAUUGCUUCCGCCAAUCCAUCCGCGCCGACGGUUUCCUCGGUCUCUACCGGGGCAUCACUGCGCCCCUUGUCGGCGCCGCCCUCGAGAAUUCCUCCCUCUUCUUCUUCGAGCGCAUCGGCCGCGGCCUCAUCUACUCUUCGGGCUUUGCGCCUCGCGACUCCGAACUUUCUUUGUCCGCCCUCUGGUUCACCGGCGGUUUUGCCGGCGCCUUCACCAGCUUGAUCCUGACGCCCGUCGAGCUAGUAAAGUGCAAGAUCCAGGUCCCCGACGAACCCGGCGGAGCAGGAGGGGCGCAGCGGCGUGCCCCGUUGAAGCCGAUCCCCGUGAUCAAGGAGAUCUUCCGGCACGAAGGACUGCGCGGGUUCUGGCAUGGCCAGCUCGGCACGCUGAUCCGCGAAGCAGGCGGUUGCGCGGCUUGGUUCGGCUCCAAGGAGACCACGUCCAAGUGGUUCCGGGAGCGGAACGAGCGCGCCCUGGUCAAGCGCGGCGGUAGCCAGGAUGACGUGCUGGCGAGCAGGGAGAGGGCGCUGCCGCUUUGGCAGCAGGCGAUCGCGGGCGCGUCGGCGGGUAUGAGCUAUAAUUUCCUGUUUUUCCCGGCCGAUACGGUCAAGAGCAGGAUGCAGACGAGCCCGAUUGGGGAUAAUGGAGGGGUGGGCGCGGUGCCCAAGAAGAGUUUUGGCGAGGAGGCGAGGGCGCUGUGGAAGCAGGCGGGCGUCAAGGGGUUCUAUAGGGGGUGCGGGAUCACGGUGUUGAGGAGCGCGCCGAGCUCGGCGUUUAUCUUUAUGGUGUAUGAUGGGUUGAAGAAGUAUUUUCCUAUGGCUUGAGUGGGGGUUGGUUGGGUCUUGACGAGGGUCAGACCGACUCCUGGAGGGAAAGGGAAAGAUAAAACAAGAGAAGAUGAGGGCCGUCAAUGUUUGCUUGGGGGAUCUAGAGCAUAAGAAAGAAGGCGCAAGGGCCGGGAGAGAGAGAAGAAGAGGGAAAAACGGUCGGCGCAAAGUUAUAGAUGGGGUUGGUUGGUUGGAACUGGAGCGUUUGCAUCUGUUUUACAUCAUUUCAUUUCAUGGAGGAUUGAUACCAAGAUAGAAAAGAAGGAAAAACGGAUUGUGGCUAAAGAGAGAUAGAUACCCAGGUAUCUCAAAACGUUCAGUUACAUAGAACGAGGGUUUUGGUAGACUAGUUUGCUUGCACAUACAACAAAACUGGUUUAGAGCAACUUUGACAGCAGUGGUUUUC